AUGCCACACUGCCAUGCACAACGAGCACCAAUUCAUCGAUGCCAAUCCAACGACAGCUCUUAUCUAUUCAGCCCUGUCUCUUCGGCGUGCCACCUGAGCCAUCCAUAUAUAUGGAGCGUUGUGUGGCAGACUGUGGAAAUCCUGUUGGAAUUCGUAUGCCUUUCAGGGCAGUACUUUGCCCCUGAGCCUUUGGCGAUGAUGGGGCCACUCAAGCGUUAUCAGGCGUUCGGGCACGCUGUACCCAUUUUGGGGCAACCGGUGCAGAUGAGAGCUUUUGCCACAGGUGGCAAACUGCCAACCUGGUCGCUUAUGGGCCGACCAGUGCAUGAUAGGGCUGUUGGGCUUUGGCAUACAGCAGUUGUGGCACAUAGCAAUGCAAAAGGAUUAAACAUCAACUUGGUCCAGCCAUCUUUGACAGAGAUGAAUUCGUUGACAUGCAGCACAGCGCUGUGGUGCUGUUGCACUGUUCGCUGCUUCUGCAGGGGCCCUGGCUUGAGCAGUGCAAGAAAAGUACCACAUGCGCAUGCGAACUAG